AUGGAGAGGAGGGGCGGCGAGGGGUGGGGGGGUGUGGUGGCUGGAAAAGUGAGAAAGAGAGGGUGGUUGUGUGGUGGGGGAAUAUUUUCGGAGAAGAUGAGGGUUUAUCAGGAGAGUCGGUAGGCCGGGGAGGGGCGUCGGUGGGCUAAGGAGUAGCGUCUAUGGGCGACUGAGUGGUGGUUGGUGGUGAAGUGGUGGUUAGGGAAAGGGAAUGCAAAAGGCUAGGGGUGGGGAAUCAAUUUGAAAUAAAAAUAGGUAAACUCAAAAAUAAAAAUGGAGAAAGAAAAUGAUUAAACAUACAAACAAACAACAACAAUUCAAUAAAGAUACCCUUUCUCUGUGAUAAUUAACCCCAACGAAACAACCCCUAAAUGAUAUAACUUUUUUUUUUUUUUUUUUUUUUUUUGGACACAUGUGAUACAACUAAAACCUUAAAACAUUCCCCUCACUCAAAAAUUCUAAACAAACCAAAAAAACACACUCACUCCUGCAACUCGUGUAAAAAUGGCGUCAAAGUUAACAGAACCUUUUUCAAUAGAUCCUUCGUUUGACAAAGACAGGCACGUACGAUUCCUAGACAUGAUGUACGAAUUACUACCCAGUGAUUAUGAGUCUCAAGAGAUCAACCAUCUUACUCUUGCUUACUUUACUCUCUCUUCUCUCGACAUUCUUGGUGCUUUAGAUCGGGUUGACAAGGAAGCAAUAGUUGCAUGGGUAUUGUCUUUUCAGGCUCAUAAAGAAGAACAAGAUGACUUGAGAAGCGGACAAUUUUAUGGAUUUCUUGGUUCAAGGUCAUCACAGUUUCCAGCAGAUGCUCUCAAGAAUUCAAAUUGUAACAGUAGUCAUUUGGCAAGCACGUAUAGUGCUUUAGCUAUACUGAAGAUCCUUGGCUAUGAUUUUUCUUUGUUUGAUUCUGGAUCCAUACUGAGAUCUAUGAGAAACCUUCAACAACCUGAUGGGAGUUUUAUGCCCAUCCAUAUUGGGGCUGAGGCAGAUCUGCGGUUUGUGUAUUGUGCUGCUGCCAUUUCCUAUCUGCUGGGUGACUGGACUGGAAUGGACAAAGAGAUGGCAAAGGAAUAUAUUUUGAACUGUCAGUCAUAUGAUGGUGGCUUUGGUUUGUGUCCUGGUCUGGAAUCCCAUGGCGGUGCAACAUACUGCGCAAUUGCAUCUCUACGACUGAUGGGCUUUAUGGAAGAUGAUCUUAUCUCCAAGGGUGUAUCAUCCUCAAUCAUAGACAUUCCCGUGCUCCUCGAUUGGAUGAUGCAGAGACAAGCUGCAGAUGCUGGAUAUCAGGGAAGACUAAACAAACCCAGUGACACAUGCUAUGCGUUCUGGGUGGGUGGAGUGUUGAAGAUCUUGGGAGGCAGCAAAUUUGUUAACAAGGAUGCUUUGCGUGAUUCGCUACUGACUUGUCAAUCUGUGUAUGGCGGUUUCAGUAAAUUCCCAGGGGAAUUGCCGGAGCUUUAUCACUCAUAUUACGGGUUCUCUGCAUAUAGUCUGUUGGAUGAACCUACGCUGAACUCUCUCUGUGUUGAACUUGGCAUAACGAAGAGAGCUGCAUUUGGAUCUUGAAUUAAGAUUUCAUUCAUUGAAAUUUGAUCUACUUGAGGCACAGAUUGUAUCAUAUCAUUCGUUGUACACUACAACAGAGAACAAGAAGCAUGCAACUUCAAGGCUGGUUAGACAUACUACUGAUUGGAGAAGUGACUCGAACUUUUUUCUAUAGGUUUCAGCCAAAGUUUCUUCAACCCCGAAAACUGUAUAAGUUGGAUAAAAUAUGUAGGUCGUGAUAUUUAGAGAAGAAAAAAUAUGCCACUGGCAGUGCUUUGCUCUUGAACAAUAUGUAAAUUCUCCUCUCUAUUUCUUUUCCUUUUUUUUGUCCCUUCUUCUCUGGUACCUUUGUUCAAUGUUGGUUUGAUUGUUCCAGCCUUGAGAGUACAGACAUUUCAAUGUUGAUUGAUAGAAAGCUGAGUUUUUUACAAUGAAAUACAUGGCAAUUCUUUUUACCUACA